GCCGCUGCCGGCUCUCCGACCCUCUCAUCAAGAUGGCUGCGUCUACAGCUCGGUUAGCGGCUCGGCGGCUUUUCCUGCCUUGGUGUACUCGGCGUGUGCGGGCGCCCGACUUGGGGGACCGGUGUGUGCAUAUUGGAACAGGUAGGCUCAGAGCUUCCAAAGCAGCAACAGAAGUAAUCUUAAAUGUUCCAGAAACGAGAGUGAGUCCCCUGGAAAAUGGCUUGCAGGUAGCUUCUGAAGACUCUGGACUCUCAACAUGCACAGUUGGACUUUGGAUUGAUGCUGGAAGCAGGUAUGAAAAUGAGAAGAACAAUGGAACUGCUCACUUCCUUGAGCAUAUGGCUUUCAAGGGAACAAAGAAGAGGUCUCAGUUAGACCUUGAACUAGAAAUUGAGAACAUGGGAGCCCAUCUGAAUGCAUACACAUCCAGAGAACAAACUGUCUAUUAUGCCAAGGCAUUUUCAAAAGAUUUACCAAGAGCUGUGGAAAUUCUCGCUGACAUAAUUCAGAACAGUACCCUGGGAGAAGCAGAGAUUGAGCGCGAGCGAGGAGUUAUACUUCGAGAAAUGCAAGAAGUUGAGACCAAUUUGCAGGAAGUUGUUUUUGAUUACCUUCAUGCCACAGCCUAUCAGAAGACAGCCCUAGGACGGACAAUUUUGGGACCCACUGAAAACAUAAAAUCCAUAAACCGAAGUGACUUGGUGGAAUACAUAACAACACACUACAAAGGACCCAGAAUGGUCCUGGCUGCUGCUGGAGGAGUCUCUCAUGAUGAGCUACUUGACCUCGCAAAGUGCCACUUUGGUAACUUGCCAUCUGCUCCAGAAGGAGGACUGCCACCCCUGCCACCUUGUACCUUCACUGGUAGUGAGAUCCGGGUCAGAGACGACAAGAUGCCCUUGGCACACAUUGCCAUAGCUGUGGAAGCAGCUGGCUGGUCACACCCAGAUACCAUCCCACUCAUGGUGGCAAACACUCUGAUAGGGAACUGGGAUCGCUCCUUUGGAGGAGGUGUGCAGAAUCUAUCCAGUAAGCUUGCUCAGGUUGCCUGCCAAGGUAACCUGUGCCACAGUUUCCAGUCCUUCAACACCUGCUACACUGACACAGGACUGUGGGGACUCUAUAUGGUCUGUGAGCCAUCCACCAUACAGGACAUGGUGCACUUUGUUCAGAGGGAAUGGGCAAGACUUUGCACAAGUGUUACUGAAAAUGAAGUAGCUCGAGCAAAAAACCUUCUCAAGACAAACAUGCUGCUACAACUGGAUGGGUCCACACCAAUCUGUGAAGACAUUGGAAGACAAAUGCUGUGUUACAAGCGCCGGAUCCCCAUUCCAGAACUGGAGGCAAGAAUUGAAGCUAUUGAUGCCCAGACUAUUAGAGAAGUGUGCACAAAGUACGUCUGCGAUAAGCAUCCUGCAGUUGCUGCCGUGGGUCCAAUUGAACAGCUGCCAGAAUACACCAAAAUCUGCAGUGGCAUGCAUUGACUCUGUGAGUAGUGAUGGACGAGGAUGUGCAGUGUGGCUGAGCUUUAAGACCCCAAACGCUGG